AUGUCGAGCUUAAGGAAAAGCCGUGGUCGCCAAAAGAUUGAGAUGAAGAAAAUGAGCAAUGAGAGCAACCUUCAAGUCACGUUCUCAAAGCGUCGCAGUGGGCUUUUCAAGAAAGCGAGUGAGCUUUGCACCCUCUGCGGUGCUGACGUGGCUCUCGUUGUGUUCUCACCCGGCGAGAAGGUGUUCUCCUUCGGACACCCCAACGUGGACGCCGUCAUAGAUCGCUAUCUCUCGCGCGCCCCACCGCCAAACUCGGGCACCAUGCAGUUCAUCGAGGCUCACCGCAGCGCCAACGUGCGUGAACUCAACGCGCAGCUCACUCAGAUCAACAACCAGCUCGACACCGAGAGGAAGCGCGGCGAGGAGCUGAGCCGUAUGAGAAAGGCGGCGCAGGCCCAGUUCUGGUGGGCCGAGCCCUUUGAGGAGAUGAACAGAGCCCAACUGGAAGAGCUCAAAGGGGCGUUGGAGGAGCUGAAGAAACAUGUAGCGCGCCUCGCUGACAGGCUCCUGGUUCAGACUGCGGCUAACCCGGCUCAGUAUUUUACCGGCGCGUCUUCUUCCAACCUUGUUCAUCAGCCACCUCCACCUCAGGUGUUUCCCCCUCAGAUGCUUCAGCCAUCGAUGUUUCCGAAUCAUAUGUUUGAUGGAAGCAUGAUGCGUUACCAUGCGUAUAAUAGCAUGGGCAUGGGAGGGUUUGGACCUGCUGGUUUCUAUUGA